AUGUACAAAUGGCAUUGGAAUGUCAUCAUCGCCUUUCAUUUCUUAAUCAACAGAAUGAUGCUUAAAGCAAGCAAGGAAACAAAGCAAGAACUGAAAGAAAGCAAAUAUCGCAGCUCUGUGUGGUGUUUGAUAAUUCAUCUGAAGAGCUUAAAAGCAAGAAAUGAAAGAAAUCGUUUGAAGAUGCGACCACGAAUGUCAGUAGACGUGAUCAACUUCGAAAGCGGUUCCGCUUUUGAAAAGGUCAAGCGGCUUGAAUUAGUUUUCGUCGAGAAGAAAACACGAUUUGCAUAA